AUGCCGCGGCCCGAGCCCAUGCCCGGCUACGGGCAGCUGCUGCAGCGCGGCUACCGGAGCCUGGCGGGGGCGGCGCGGAGCUGCACGGACUGCGGCUGGGAGCUCUCCCGCCGGACCUGGGCCGAGAACGCGUCCCUCGCCUGGAGCGAGACCCUCCUCUGCCUGCUCUGUGCCAUCGGCUGGACCUGGCUGCGCAGGGCCGCCUCCGGCUGCCUCUUUCGGCCGUUCGGGGAGUGGUGUAACCUGCAGCCAAAGGAUGCUGCCAAGAUGCCCGAGAGCGCCUGGAAGCUGCUGUUCUACACGCUGUCCUGGUCAUAUGGCGCCUACCUGCUCUUCUUCACCGAGUACCCCUUCUUCCACGACCCGCCCUCCGUCUUUUACGGUUGGGAGAAGGGUAUGGAUGUACCCACCGACAUUGGCAUCGCCUACUUGCUGCAGGGCAGCUUCUACGGGCACUCCAUCUAUGCCACCGUGUACAUGGAUGCCUGGCGCAGGGACUCCGUAGUCAUGCUCAUCCACCACGUGGUGACGCUGACGCUCAUCGUCUUCUCCUACGCGUUCAGGUUCCAUAACGUGGGGAUUCUUGUGCUCUUCCUGCACGACAUCAGCGACGUGCAGCUGGAGUUCACCAAGCUCAACGUCUACUUCAAGCACCGGGGCGGGAUCUAUCACCGGCUCAACGACGUCAUCUCCGACCUCGGCUGCCUCACCUUCAGCAUCAGCUGGUUCUGGUUCCGCCUCUACUGGUUCCCCCUCAAAGUGCUCUACGCCACCUGCCACACCAGCCUGCAGUCUGUGCCCAACAUCCCCUUUUACUUCUUCUUCAACGCCCUGCUCUUCGCCCUCGCCCUCCUGAACGUCUACUGGUUCCUGUACAUCGUCCUGUUUGUGGCCAAGGUGCUGACGGGGCAGAUGCAGGAGGUGAACGACGUGCGUGAAUACGACGUGGAGGAGAGCAAGAAAACCACAGGGCCCCGGAAAGCGGGUGAACUCCAGCUCCCCAAAUCCUGGAAAGAAGGGAACCACCUGAAGAACGGGCUGAUAAAAGACAAACGGUUAUAA